GUAUCAAUUUUUAGAAGAAGCAUUUCAAAACCAAAAAGUUAUUAUUGAGACUUUAAUGGCCAAGCUUCAAGAAAAGAAGAAUUACGUGCAGUAUGCAGCUAGUCAAGUGCAGAAUAGGUUAAACGAAGUAACCGAUACGAACAAAAAGGUUGAGCAUGAUAUUAAAGUUGCCAUCUUCACGCUCAUUAAUGAAAUCAACAAAAAGGGCAAGAAUCUUUUGCAGCAGCUGGAGAAUGUGACAAAAGAAAGGCAAAUAAAAUUACUGCAACAGCAGCAGGAUGUUACCAGUCUUGCCAGGCAGGUGGAGCACGUAAUGAACUUUGCAAAGUGGGCCAUUUCCAGUGGAAGCAGCACAGCACUACUUUACAGCAAGCGAUUGAUUACCUUUCAGUUGCGACACAUUCUCCGGGCACGUUGUGACCCAGUCCCGGCCGCUAAUGGUGGGAUGCGCUUUCAUUGCGAUCCUACAUUCUGGGCAAAAAAUGUGGUGAAUUUAGGCAACCUUGUGAUUGAAAACAAGCCGAACCCUCCAGGUUACACUCCCAAUGUAGUUAUUGGGCACGCUUCCCCAGGCCAGGGGCCGGCUGGGGGAAAACCUCAGGGUCAGAUUAAUCUUGCACAGUUGCGUCUGCAGCACAUGCAGCAGCAGUUUGCACAGAAGCAACAGCAGAUGCAACAAAUGAGGAUGAGCCACCCAGUAGGACAACACCCCAGGACAACAGGGCCACAGAUGGUCCAGCAGCAGCCACCACGUUUGAUUAGCAUGCAAGCCAUGCCCAGAGGAAAUUUGAAUGGUGCUGCACUUCAGGCCCACCAGGCUCAUCAAGCCCAUCAGAUGAGACUGGCACAAAAUGCUGCUCGUAUGGCUGGAAUGUCUCGACACAAUGGACAUCAGUACCCAAUGAUGCCUCAAAUACCACGGCAG